CAGCACUGAGUGACACUCCAGCAGCCUAAUCCAAAGAGUCAGGAUGCAGAGCGGCGCUCCUGCUCCAUCCAGCGACCUUUAACUUCUUUUUUCCAGGGCUGACUGAGGAAACCCUGCCGACACUUUGUCCUUAAACGCUCUAAAUCCCACCUCGGUGAGAACCAGCGGUGGGUUUCAUCUGUUCCGUCUUCCUUCUCAACCGGACUUGAGUGGACGUUACGUGGGGACAAUGGAAUCCAACGUUAUCCAGGACAGUAUCCGCCCUCAGAGGCUGCAGCCGGGGAUUGGCUUCGGGUCCGGACCGACGGGGACCCUCCGCUCCUCCUCUCUCCGACCCGGAGUAACGGUCCCGGUCGCGCCGUUGCUGCCCUCCCCGGCUUCCCUGUGCGCUUCGUCGGGGCCUCCUCCUCCUCCGCCGCCGCUGCAGCUGCACAGCCUCUAUGGAGGAGUGGGAGCGGGGCUGGGGCCCGGAGCCGGGGGCCACUGCAACCCGGGGAACCCGGCGGUUCUGAAGGAGGCGGUGGAGGCGGUGGUCCGCAGCUUCGCCAAACACACGCAGGGCUACGGCAGAGUGAACGUGGUGGAAGCUCUGCAGGAGUUCUGGCAAAUGAAGCUGACCAGAGGGGCCGACUUGAGAAAUGGAGCUCUGGUGGUUUAUGAAAUGGUGCCCUCAAACAGCCCUCCGUACGUCUGCUACGUCAGCCUUCCAGGCGGCAGCUGCUUCGGAAGCUUCCAGUUCUGUCCAACGAAGGCGGAGGCGAGGCGCAGCGCCGCCAAGAUCGCCCUGAUGAACUCGGUUUUUAAUGAGCACCCCUCCCGUCGGAUUACUGAUGAUUUCAUUGAGAAGAGUGUGAAUGAGGCGCUGGCCUCCUUCAAUGGAAACAGAGAAGAGGCUGAUAAUCCCAACACAGGGAUUGGGGCGUUUCGCUUCAUGCUAGAGUCCAACAAAGGGAAAUCCAUGCUGGAGUUCCAGGAGCUGAUGACCGUGUUUCAGCUGCUGCACUGGAACGGGAGCCUGAAAGCCAUGAGAGAGCGACAGUGUUCCCGACAGGAGGUACUGGCUCACUAUUCCCAUCGGGCCUUGGAUGACGACAUGCGCACCCAGAUGGCGGCCGACUGGGUGAACCGGGAACAGAGCAUGGCGAGAACCAUCGCUCAGGAGCUGGCCUCGACAGAGCGGGAGCUGGAGGACGCCAGGCUGGCGGGCAGAGAGCUACGCUUUUACAAGGAAAAGAAAGACAUCCUGAUGUUAGCUGUGGGUCAGCUCAGCGCAGCCAACGCAGCCACUCUGCCAUCGCACUAAAAUCAACCCCCUCGCCACGCAGUUGGAUUCCUGGUAACAGUGUUGAUCGCUUUUUAAGAUGUUUUGUAACCAGGAUCAUCAGGAUUCAGCUUCCUUUUUUAUUCCUUAAAAAGAAACACUUAUCAAACUCGUUGUGCCUAGUAAUCCCAGGAAGCUGUUCUGCUUUAUUUAUCCUUGGAAAACAAAACAACAAAAUAAAAUAAAAACUUGUCACAUGGUUUUUACAUUGCCACAGUUCUGGAAACUGUGCAGACAGAUUUGAUUCAGGUGUGGAUUUGAUGGGAUGAAUAUAAUCCGGUAUAAAUGGAAUCAGUUACUAAAAGUCACUAAUGAUUCAGAAUCAGUAUAAGCAAGCAAAUUAUUUGAACCUGGAGCAUCAAAAAUGACUUUGAUAUACCUAGUUUGACAUAACUAAUUGAUCGCGCCUAACUUUUCCAACUCCACCGAAAAAUGCUGUUUGUUCCCAAACAGUCUGAUCUCUAAUGCCUCAUUUGUGCACACAACUGAGGCCAGAAACAACCAACUCCUGCUUCCUGACAACACAUAUUUUUUGAAUGUUUAAAUCCAGCCAGAUUUAAAGAAAAAA